ACCCUUCAACGACCCGGAAGUUGUUCCUGUGGGUUUUCAACGUGUGUACGGCGAGGCUUCUGCGUAUUAUCAUCAUGGGUAAGUCCAAACAGGUAGGAAACCACAACAAUGGAAAGAAGAAGAAUAUCGCCAAGACAUGGAAGACUAAGCGCAGGACAAAAGACCUUGACCAGAUUCAUGCAGACAUGAUCCCUACAAAUGCUGCCAAGUUGCUAAAGCAAGAUGUAGAUUAUGAUGUUACAGGCUGUGGCCAGCAUUACUGUCUGCACUGCGCGAGAUAUUUUGUUGACUUGAAAACCUUAAAGGAGCAUUUCAAAUCCAAACCCCACAAAAAACGAUUAAAGCAGCUUAGGGAAGAGCCAUACACACAGGCUGAAGCUGAGCGAGCAGCAGGAAUGGGCUCCUACAUCCCACCAAAAACCCUAGAGGUUCACACACAGCAGGUCGAGGAAGAUAUGGACUGAAAAGUUACUUGUCUACCUCUUUAUGGACUGGUUUAAACUAUUAGGUCUGGACUGAGACCAAUUUAACUUCUUUCAGAGUUGAUGUUAAUUUAUGGAGAUGGAAAGUCUACAUGUAAAGGUCCUCAGCUGGCACAGUGUCAAUAAAGUGUUCACUGUUGUGAACGUUGACAUGUUUUUUUGCUUUCAGCAAGCAACCUUCUGCGACUGAAAGACUCACGAUGUUCAUUCUGAGUGUGUGAAUAACGAUCUGUGAUGAAAUCAUUAAUCCAUAAGUACUUAGAAGUCAAGUGUCCACAUCUAUAGUAUGCCAAGGUCAUUUAGGUUAGUGACACACUUGUACGUGUUAAACAUGCAUUUAAUUGUAAAGUAUAAAUUACUCUGCAAGCCAGUAAAUGGUUUGUUUACAAACCUAAUCCAUUAA